UAAUAAUAAUAAUAAUAUCGAACCCUCGGGAGAAUAAGUGGGACGCCCUCGAAAGUUCGUGCCCGAUAUAAUUUCCGGAAUUCGAGAGAGGCGAGGCUGGGAAAAGAAGCAUCGACGACGACGGGAUCCCGUAUGGAGAGGACCAUCAAUAUUUUCCAAUCAGCAUUCGAUUGCACGGUACAUCCCUACCGCUAUUCGAACUCGCCUCGUGCUUCGGGGGCAGCCACGAAGGGUAUAAGGGGGUCGAAGCGUAGGCGUAUAUGGUGGUGGUAUGCGGCAUAGCCGGCAUAGCGCCGCGACGCCUCGACGCCAUAUUGCAUUAUUAAGCACCCCUACUAGUCUCUCGCCCCUGCAUUCCAGCAUUAUGAACGUUUUUAUCCCUAAAGGGCGUCGUUUUAUCUAUUACGAAAGCGAAACGAACGCUUCUAUAUUUAGGCUCGCCGGAUCGUUUCGUAACCGACGGUCCCUUCUUUAUCCUUCGUCCACUCACGUGUGUACACGAAAUAUUCAACGGAGGAAUUCAUUCGGCAGCCAGUGACACCUCGCAUGAUCGAUUUCGAUUAAACAUUUAGCUGUCUACAGUUCCUCGAAGCUAGUCCCUAGUUCCGCAUUCGCGACGUCAGAAAUCAUUAUUCGUCCUAUAUUAGAAUCAAACGCUACGUCAGUGGUCACAGACAAGUAGUGAACGCUAACACUGAUCAAUCACAAUUUCUUAUUCCUUCAGAUCUUUCCAGGGAAGGGUAAACAAGUUGGAUGAUAACAUCGGUGAACGUUAGACAUAUUAAUAGUACUGUAAAAACUGGUGUGUUCUGGUGUAUUCAGUGUUUAAAGAAUCUAAUUUCUUGAAGAUCGUUAACGCUUUUAUGGAUUUUGCAAAAAAGCGCGACUCAGCUUGGAAAAGUCAAGGAUUGUGUGUACCGCGCCGUUAAAGAAAGAGGGACGUUCUGUGUCUGACACCUUCUUAAUGAUGCCUACGCGCUCUUUCCCGACCGUAAUAAACCGCCGCGCGAUCCUAGAAGCUCGACUUCCAAUUUGUUCGAGUGGCCAAUCCUUCCAAGACGCUCGACGAUCUCGCCGCGAAUGAACGAAACGGGAGAACCCGUUUUCACAAGUUUCCCUCUCGGCUUGGAGAACAACUCCGUUCCAGCUCGCGGUCGUUCAUUGUAUGAAUACUUAUUUCCGAGUCGAUCAGCCUGCGGAAUGAGAUUCCCACUUACAGCGGAGUUUCGCCCCUUCUUCACCCUCUGACCUCCUACGAAUUUGACGAAUAAUUAAAAAAUGCGUUCCCAUUCGUUGGAUAUUAAUAUUUUAACAGAAAACUGCGUGCCCCUGGUAAAAGUAGUUAUAAUCAAUAAGUAUGACAGCAAAUCUGAUUAACUGUUGCAUCAAUCUUUAUCAUUCUAUAAUUCUAUUCGAUAGAAAAGUUAAAAAUUGCUUAUUAAUUUUUAGUAGUAGUGAAAAUUGUUAGGGAAUGACUAAGAUGAGCCUACCGCUUGAAUAGCAGUGUCUAUCUCAAUCGUCUCUCCCGGAUCCGUCCAGUACCCUCCCUUCGCCUUUUCGAAGAUCGUGGAAGAAGAUCCCGUCGAGAAGGACGCGAUUGCGCGUUAGAAAGCCCCGGAGGAAUCCUGGAUCCUCGAUAUAUCCGCGGUGGCGAGCUAGACUCGGGAUUGUUCUGUUGCGGCUCAUCCACCGUACACCAUUUCGUUUCCACCGUGACUAGCAACAGGUAGAACGACCCUUCCGCGUGGGAAAUUUCAAGUUUUCAAAGUUGUGGAUAACAAGUGACGCGAGAAUCCACUUUUAAAAUUCAUUUUACUCAGGGGGACCGAAUUUUUUAAACGAUGGUGUCGCUGUGAGAACGAUAUCCAGAUUUGCAAUUUAUUUGUCUUGCUUGUUUGGUGAAAAAGUAGUGAUUAAAAAAAAAGAUUAGUGAUCGUGGGAUUGGAUUUUUAAUCACCAUGGAUAUCCAAGAGUUUCGCGUGCGCGGUAAGGAAAUGGUCGAGUACAUUUGCGAAUUUAUGAGCAAUAUUCAGAAUCGGAGAGUGACGCCGGACGUCGGCCCCGGAUAUUUGAGACCCCUUUUGCCCUCGGAAGCGCCCCAUCAGCCUGAAGUAUGGGAGGAUAUUAUGAGGGAUGUCGAAACAAAGAUCAUGCCCGGAAUCACUCAUUGGCAGCAUCCACGUUUUCAUGCGUACUUCCCAGCCGGAAAUUCCUUCCCAUCCAUCCUCGGCGAUAUGUUGUCCGACGCGAUAGGCUGCAUCGGAUUUUCAUGGGCGGCCAGCCCGGCCUGCACGGAGCUCGAGACGAUAGUCUGCGAGUGGUUCGGCAAAGCCAUCGGUCUGCCGACAGACUUCCUUUACUUUAAUUCGGCCAGCAAAGGCGGAGGAGUAAUACAAGGCUCGGCUUCGGAGUGCAUUUUGGUCUGCAUGCUCGCGGCCAGGGCGCAGGCAAUCGCCAGGUUGAAGGAGUCGUCCGCUCACGCACAUUUAGACGAAACCGCUCUUUUAGGAAAAUUGAUGGCUUAUUGCAGUCGCGAGAGUCACAGCUGUGUCGAAAAGGAUGCGAUGAUUUGCUUCGUGAAACUCAGAAUCUUGGAGCCCGAUGAUAAAAGUGUCUUACGCGGCGAGACCCUGCGUCAAGCAAUCGAAGCCGACGUGGCCGAAGGGUACAUCCCGUUCUUCGUCUCCACCACUUUAGGCACCACCGCCUGCUGUUCCUUCGAUAAUCUCAAGGAAAUUGGUCCAGUUUGCAGAAAAUAUCCAGGCGUUUGGCUGCACGUCGACGCGGCGUACGCAGGGAACUCGUUCAUCUGUCCAGAGUUGAAGUACCUGAUGGCUGGGAUCGAGUACGCGGAUUCCUUUAACACCAAUACGAACAAAUUUCUAUUGACGAACUUCGACUGUUCCUGCCUUUGGGUUCGGGACAGAUUUAAGUUGACCAGCGCGCUCGUCGUCGAUCCUCUUUAUCUCCAGCACACUCACGCGGACACAGCCAUCGAUUACAGGCAUUGGAGCAUACCACUGAGCCGUCGCUUUCGCUCCUUGAAGCUCUGGUUCGUGAUGAGGAGCUACGGUAUAUCCGGUUUGCAGGCCUACAUUCGGAAUCAUAUCCAACUAGCAAAAAGAUUCGAGAUGCUAGUUAGGAAGGACGCGAGAUUCGAAGUUUGUAACGAAGUUGUGCUGGGCCUGGUGUGUUUCCGCGCGAAAGGCUCCGACAAACUGAACCAAAAGCUGCUGAGUACCAUCAACGACUCCGGGAAACUGCACAUGGUACCGGCGAGAGUGAAUCAACGGUUCACGAUUCGUUUCGCGCUUGCCGCACCGAAUGCCACUGCUUCUGACGUCGACAUAGCUUGGAGCAUUAUCACGGAUUACUUAGCUGAAUUACUCGAGUCUAAGGACGUUAUGGAUGAACUGGCAGAUAUUCGCGAGAAAAAAAGGAAAGCCACUCUGGAACAGAGAAGGUCCUUCUUCGUUCGCAUGGUGUCUGAUCCUGCAAUUCAGCCUGGAUUUACCAAAACUCCGAACAGGACUGGAGCGAAGCUGGACACUCAGGCGACGAUCGGUGGCAUUGGUUACAAUCCCCAAGUCGCGACGCGCUCGUGGAUAUCGUGGCCAUUGGCGUAUUUGAUGCAAGCGAAGGACGCUGCAGAUACCAGUGAACUUUCUCUCAGAUUCCGUCAUCUGGACACUAUGGUACGCCUGAAGGCAGGCGGUACCGGAAGUCGUCGCGGUAGCAGCAAUGGCUGCAGUCCAGAGCCAUCGCCGUCCGCUUCACCGUCUCGCGGUAGAUCGCCAAACGGUAGGACGUAAAAAGCCUCGUCCGCCAUUUUUCUGUCUAAAGUUUUUCCGGGUGCAUCCAGUAGGAAGGGAAUUUGAAAGUUGUAUGAAUCCCGUAUGGGUAACUGCCGACGAUUUGAAAAAGCAUAUUCCUUGAGUUUGUAAAAUUGCUCAGCAACGAAGUCGAUUAAUUUUCCUCCCGUCACUAUGAUAAAUGUCACAAUUUCUACUCACUGGCUUACGAUUAUAUAUAAAAUAAUAGAAAAUAAGCCAAUGAUUAAAAAUUGCUACGUGUGCAUAAAUUGGAUCAUUUACUAACAAUUUCAACAUUAAUUGCAAUAUACAUUCCAUUUCAUAAGUCUUGGAUCAUAUUAUAAAACAUUGAAAAAUAAUAUGGAAGAACAAGUGUGAUAC